AUGGCCUCGGGGCCGAUGGAGCUCAAGCUCAUCCCCCACGCCCUCGCCGGCCAAAAUUGUUCCAUGGCCGUAUGCCCCGAGGACACCGUCACCAACUUCUUCUUCAACGACGUCAUCCCCGACGAAGACCCCUGCUAUCUCGCCGAGCUGAUCAAGGGCAGCGUUGACGAGGGAAUCACGUCAACAGAGUCCGACGAGGAGAGCGGCGACACCACCAUGGAGGUCGGCAUGUCGGCCCUCCUUGACGCGGUGCUCAACGGCGGUGUCGAGUGCGCUACCAACCUCCGCAAGGUCUUCGCCAACUUUGCCUGCGGCCUGUCCUCCAACUUCGAUCUGUCGGAGGUGGAGACGGUGCAUGUGCGCAUGAUGGAGAACCUCACGCCCGAGGAGGUGACCGAUAUCGGUUCGCUAGCCUCGUGCGAGUGCACCGCUUUCUCGGCGGAGGAGAUGGACGUCAUUCUCUACCGCUACCAGCUGCGCAUGCUGAAGCAGAAGGUCAACGCGCACAAGUGCGGACUGAACCAGGCCGCCAAGACCGUUGCCCACAUGGCCCGACAGCCGUCGAGCGGCUCCUACGAGUCGUACCUCUCGGCGCAGGUCGACUACCUGGACGCGUGCCUGCCAGAGGUCUCGUCCCACAUCCCAAGCGAGCCCAACUACGCCGCCCCUUCCUACUACCGCUGA